CCAUGAUAAAGUAAAAAUUUAUCUUAACAAUAUGUUCAAUACAUGUUUAUCCUCAUAUUUAUAUAUGCUAUAUUGAAACUACACGGAUGUGUAUUUACAAAUAUUACUGCAUUGUUAUUCUCAUUUGGCAAUGAAGGUUUGUUAUCAGCAUUUUCAGAUUUAAAUUCAGAUAAAAAUGUAGAUUUAUUUGUAAUUGAUAAAACUGGUACAAAAUUAAAUAUUUAUCUUAAUGAAAACAAGAAAUUUCGUUUUAUAACAUCAUAUUUUAUUAUUGAUUUAAGUCAUACUAAUCAAACUAUAUAUAAUGUUGUUCCUGGUGACUAUGAUGGAGAUUCUGUGCAAGAUGUAUUACUAAUUUUGGGGUCUAACAAUAAAAGCCCUCCCCUCUCAUAUAAUCUGCAAAUUUAUUGGGGAAAUAUCAGUGGAUUUUCAUCUCACACUGAAAUAAUUGGCAAAAUAAAAGAUUCACCAUUAAUUUUUGACUACAAUGGUGACAUGUUACCUGAUAUUUGUGCUGAGCUUCUUGAAGAUAACUUAAGAUAUUAUUGGAUAUCAAACACUGAUCGCACUUUCCAUCAGAUUUUAGUCACAACAGAAGAGUUAUUUCCAAUGUCUAUUCCCAACUCAAAUGCUUAUAUUGACAUGAAUGAUGAUUUAACUCCAGAUAUAUUUAUUACUUCACAAAGCCCCACACGCAAUAUUGAUCAAUUUGAAAGAUGGAUUAAUAAAAAUGGAAAAUUUACUAGGCAAGACAUUUACAUGGGGAAAGAUUUUUGGAUAACCGAUUCGAAAUUGGAUAAAAGAUAUGGAAUAACUAGGUCGGGUCAUUCAUUGUUCGUAGAUUUCAAUGCCGCAGCCAAUAUGAAGCAUUUAAUGCUAGCCUGUGGCUCAUUGAAUGUUGAAAUGUGUGAGGAAUGGGCUAUUUUGGCGUGGUUUCAGAAUACAAAUAUAACAAAAAGUCGUUGGGAAGCGGUCUACAUUUAUGAAUGGGACAAAAAUUUAACACAAAACAAAUAUAUGAUUGAUUUUAAUUAUGGUAUUGUUGGUACCAAUUUUCCUCCCGGUGCUUUUCCGCCCAGAAUGAGUAUUGGAGAUUUUAAUUUUGACGGUUAUCCCGAUGUUCUUUUAAUUUUAACGUCCGAAAUUAUAGUCAAAAAUGGUAAUAGAAUCGAGAAAAAAUUUAUCCGAACCCCUGCUAUUCUUCAGAACAUUCCCUGCAUACCGGAUAUCCUCGACCAAAGCGAUGUACAUACAUCUAAUCCAGAAAUUUGUAAUUUUUUGGACCGAAAACUCAAAUUGAUCCCGACUUCCCUCACUCCUGAUAAUAAUUUUAAUCUAAAUGACGAUAAUCUUAAAGAAAGAUCGGCAUUUACAGCGAAUAAUGAUCACUUGAUUCAGAACCCUGUACUUGCGGUGUUUUUCGACAUCUACAAUGAUGGUUUAUUAGAUAUUUUGGUAGUUGUAAGCGAAUUUGAAAGUAAUAUAUUAGUUGAAAAUUGGAAAGACAAUGCAGCAGGAAAAUGGAAGGGAUUUGGAAUUCAGGCUUUCAAAAACAAUAUGGAUUUGGAUGCUAGUUUUGUCAAAACAUUAGUUUUGAAUGGUAGAUGCUGGAUAGACUGUAAAUUGCAUUCCAGGCCAUAUGGAAUAAUUCCUCCAGGUGCCGUAGUCAAAUAUCAAACCACCUAUUCAAAAGAUGCCCCUACACAGGCCAUGAGUUGCCAAAUGAUGCAAACAUCUCAUUUUGCAUUAAAUUUGCCUUACGUCAUAUUUGGGUUAGGAAGGAGACCCAAUUUUAUCGAUAAACUGGAAGUCGGGUUCUCUAGACCCUACAAUAAGCCCGCCAGGUACCAUAAUUGGGCAGCUAUAAUUCCCAAUUCACAAAUGAUCAUAAUACCAUAUCCCAACAAUGAUUCCUCUAAGUGGCAACACAUCCUCUUACUUACGCCGAGCUAUUUUAUAAUAAAAAUAGGAGCUACUUUAAUAGCCACUUGUUUAUUCUUGGGCAUGAUUAUUGCUAUAUUGCAUUGGAAAGAAAAGAGGGAGGAUUUUGUGGAACGUCUAAGGAAUGCACACCAAUUCCAUUUUGAUGCCUUAUAAAAAAUGUUUAAAUUUGUCAACAUUCUUGUUGAACACGAAAUAUUUUUUUAGAGAUUUCCAGAGAAAUUUUAUAAAGUGAAGUCAGGUGACUCAAUGCUUUAGGCCUUUAUACACUAAUUUAUUAUAAUAUAUUAUCAAAUUUGUCGACUUGUAUAAUAAAAUA